AUGCCGCCAUUUAAGACCCCUGCGCCGACGGGCCUGACGAGGUUCUGGAUCAAUGGCGAGUACGUGGAGCCGAGUACCACAGCGGUCUUCACGGUACACAACCCCAAGAAUGACCAAAUUGUUUCCAGCAAUGUUCCUAUCGGUGGGCCUCAGGAUGUCGACAGCGCGGUCAAGUACGCAGAAGCCGCUUUCCAUGGAGAUUGGAGCCGCUUUUCCUCGGCUCAGAGGGCACUGUGCUUGAACAGGCUGGCUGACAUCAUGGACGAACAUCUGGAAGGCCUGCUGAGACUUGACACCAUGACUGGCGGGAAUCCCGUCUCACUGAUCCCGACGAGGGAGAAGAAUUACAUUGUCAACGGCUUGCGUUAUAUGUCCGGCUGGUGUGACAAGUUCAAGGGUGAAUAUAUGCCCGAUGAUGAUGGGUUUGUCAAAUUGGUCCGAAAUGAGCCACUAGGCGUCUGUGCGGCUAUAUGCCCUUUCAACUCUCCGAUUGCGACUGCUUUCCAUAAAAUCGGCCCAGCCCUGGCCACUGGCAAUGUCAUCAUCGUCAAACCGUCCGAGAAAACGCCUCUGGGAACACUGGCACUCGGGCCCCUGAUCGAGAUGGCCGGCAUUCCUAAGGGUGUCGUUCAAGUAAUUAGCGGUGAUGGGACGACUGGAGAGCUUCUUGCGCGACACAUGCGCAUUCGCAAGAUUAGCUUCACCGGCAGUGUUGCCACGGGGAAAAAGAUUCAGGUGGCAAGUGCUCAGUCAAAUCUGAAGCGAGCUACACUGGAGCUUGGUGGCAAAAGCCCUGCUGUCAUCUUUGAUGAUGCGAACCUUGAUAACGCAUUGGAAUGGACUGUCAAGGCUAUCAUGGCUCGGAGUGGGCAGGUGUGUAUCGCGGCCUCUAGGGUUUACGUGCAAAAGUCCAUCGCCAAAGAGUUCAUCGAGAGGUAUCGGCAGAAAAUGCGGGACGCUGUGAAAAGCAUGGGUGAUCCUGAGGACCCGAAUGUUGCGUAUGGUCCUCUUGUGGAUAAGAUCUCGUUCGAAAGGGUCAAAGGAAUGCUGGAGAGAGCCAAGAACCAGGCCGAACUCGUCGUUGGCGGAGGCACCAUUGGCGACAGCGGUUGUUUCAUCGAACCUACCGUGUUUAUUAACCCUAAGCCCGGAGCAGAAAUCGUGACGGAUGAAGUUUUUGGGCCUGUCUCCGUCAUCGACACUUUCGAGACGGAAGAGGAAGUGCUCGCCAAAGCAAAUGAUACUGAAUUUGGGUUGAUGGCUGGUGUCUUCACGAGGGACAUCACUAGGGCUCUUCGAGUGUCGUCUAAAUUUGAGUCGGGCGUUGUUGGCAUUAAUUGCGUUAGCUAUGUCAAUACACAAGUUCCCUUCGGUGGAUCCAAGGCUUCAGGAACUGGGCGAGAGUUCGGAUCAGAGAAGGUCCUACGAGCAUAUACGGAACCAAAGACGGUAUUAAUCAACAUGAAUUCCACGUAG